UGCGUGCCUAGCAAGCAUUAAGCCCAGCCCUGAAGGCAACCGCCUGGUGCUCUGGGCCAUAGGUGAACGUUGCUCCGGGAAAGCUUCUUUGAAUAAGUAUCCAACCAAGUCGGAAUUCGAAUUUAAGACUCAUGAUUACUCUCCGACCUUCUCUUCUUCCGCGCCCGCACGAUUCUCACCCAAGCUCGACGGCGGGCAUCUCCCCCCACUGCCGGUCAGUGCCUCUUCUACCAUGGGCACGCCUCAUCGAGGCCUCCCACCGCCGGCGGCGAUGACGCUGCCGGAUCCUGGGCGAGGUCCCCCUCCAAUUCCACCUCCAUCGGGUUCACUGCCGCCAGCGCCCUCGCAUUGGCAAGGUGCUGAAGAGCCCAUGAAGAAUUGGCUAAUGGCUAAGGCGGAGGAGGACAAGAGGAAGCAAGAGGAGGAGAAGACGAGGCAGGAGGGCUUGAGGCUCGAGCAGCGCAGGAUCGAGCAGUCAAUGCUUCGAGAGUCAAUGCAAGGCGGCAUUCCCCCACAUCUCGUGCCGAUGAUCUUUGCUGGAAUUGGUGGUGGUAACCUCGCGAACAUGAGCAUUGACUGGCUUCAGCAAUAUAUGGCUCAACUUCAAACAGCACAGCAGCAGGUGCAGCAGCCACAGCAACCGCAAACGCAGACUCUCGGUCCGUCUCAGGUACAAUCACCAGAGCUACGCAGAGAGACGAGAUUGAUCAACCAGGCGCAGCCAGUGCUACCGGGACAACCUCUGGCGCAACCUCAGCACGCGGCAUUUUCAUCCCCUUCGUACGCCAGUGGAAGCUUGUCUCCAAGGAGAGCUGCGCAAACAUCAGCCCAUGUUGGUGCUCCUACAUCCGCCCCUCGCCCUCCGGCGCAAUCGCAGCUCCCCCGGCUGACUACAAACGAAAUCCAAAUCCAGCAGCCUCCAGCAGCCCCUGCGACCGUUCAACAGCUUCAACAGACGCACUCGGCGCAUCAGGAGCAGUCCUCGCCGUCGAUUUACUUUCACCAUUGGGUGCCCCCAACUUCUCAGGAGAAGAGCGCGAGCGGGAAUCCCCCCGCAACGCCGUCAGAUUACACCAGCUCCCCCAAGAAGCGGAAGGCCCAAGGCGGCCACCACGCUCCACCGCCCCCAACGUCGGCGCCGCAGUCCCACACCUCGCCGUCGUUCUCGCAUGUAUCCACGUCGUCCACAUCAACGCCAGGCCGCAGAGGGCACGCCAGAGCCCGAUCGGAUGCAUCAACGCGAGGACUUGAGAGCUAUAGCGGUUCUCUAAGCCGACGCGGCACCAUUUCCAGUCAUGGUCAUGCAGAAGCGGGAUCACUGCAAGCCGAUGCACUUCCGCCCGUUUCCGUCAGCUCAGAACAGCGGUUCCAACAGCCACCUCGCGGAGCUGAAGCUCAAGCGACUUCUCAACAACACGGGCAACCACAUCCAGGUCCCCCGCAACGAAAUGACGGGCCUGGGAGCAACCAACAUGGGCGGGCGGCAACUCCCACGGCAGCAGUUCAUUCUGAAACACGACAAUCUGGACCGCACCAGCAGUCGGCUUCUGGGGACAGGGGGGUUGUACUGACUUCGCCUAAACGGGAAGCAAGCGGGCAGUAGAGUUGGGUACGGGUUUCACCCUCGCAACCGCAUUCGGAUUUACCUCUCUAUCAGGCCAUGGUGAACAGCAACGAACCCUCCAGCGCAUCUGAAGAGACGGCGCGGUUCCAGUUCGCACCUUGUUUCGAGGGACGCCACGCGGUCCGCGAUACCCUGCCGAAUGCGAAUUAAAAUGCAGGCCUGAGAAGCGAAAUGAGGUCCACAACACCAAACGUCCCCUCAUCUCGAACUCGAAAUCACGGGUCCCGCACGAGCCAAAACAGCCCGCCAGCAAGCAGGAACACAAUCUUAUAAAAUUGCCAUUCGACUUUGCCUUGCGUGUCCUGCAUGUGCCGCCAAUAAACAGCCUCAUCGCCCGAAUUACCGGUUGCAACGCCUGAGAUUACCUGCUACCGCAAUUGUUCCUGUCAUCACGGCUGAUUUGGCCUCGUCUUGGACGUCUAUUUUUUUCCUCAGAUUCCCUCUUGGCGCCUUUU